AUGCCAGUCAAACGUCAUUCACACGGUGCGGUGGUGCGCGCUCCUCACUCCAUCCUAUCUCCAACCUCCGACCAGUGCAGACGCGCGAGUACCUGCGGCAGGAACUAUACCGGCUUCACUGACAGUAUGGAGAGUGUGUGCACAGACUGCUUCUCCCCCGGGCAGGUGGCCAACAGCAGCUUGGACUUGCACCCGCACCCGAACCUAGACGAUGACGACGAACUUCUCAGAUAUAUUUGGAAAGAGUACCUCCAUCCCAAACAGUAUGAAUGGGUGCUUAUUGUGGCGUACAUCAUUAUCUUCUUUGUUUCACUCAUUGGAAACUCUCUCGUUUGCUUUGCUGUGUGGAAGAACCGUAACAUGCGCACUGUGACCAACUACUUCAUUGUGAACCUGUCCUUUGCCGACAUCCUGGUGACCAUCAUCUGUCUGCCCGCCAGCCUCGUGGUGGACAUCACGGAGACAUGGUUCUUUGGAAAAACUCUCUGCAAAAUCGUGCCUUAUCUCCAGACAAUCUCGGUGUCCGUCUCCGUCCUCACGCUGAGCAGUAUCGCCCACGACCGCUGGUACGUCAUCUGUCACCCUCUGAUGUUCAAGAGCACUGCGCGGAGAGCUCGCAAGAACAUUGUAGUAAUCUGGGUGGUGUCCUGCAUCAUCAUGAUCCCUCAGGCCAUAGUGAUGGAGUGUAGCAGUCUGGUGCCAGAACUCACCAACAAGACCAGUCUGUUCACUGUGUGUGAUGAGCAUUGGGGAGCGGAUAUCUACCCCAAAGUCUACCAUACCUGUUUCUUCAUUGUCACUUACUUUGCGCCACUGUGUCUGAUGGUCCUGGCCUAUAUCCAGAUCUGUCACAAACUCUGGUGCCAGCAGAUUCCUGGGAGCACAUCGGUGUUGCACAGGAAAUUUAAGACGUUUCAGUGCUCGUCUCCGGGGGCGGCGUCCGGAGAGUCUGUGAGGGUCCGCACCAGCACAGUGUGUGCCGAGAUCAAACAGGUCCGAGCCAGACGCAAGACUGCACGCAUGCUCAUGGUGGUGCUGUUUGUAUUUGCACUCUGCUACCUGCCCAUCAGUGUGCUCAACAUCAUGAAGAGGGUUUUUGGGACAUUUAAGAAUUCCAACGAUCGGGAGACUGUCUAUGCCUGGUUCACCUUCUCACACUGGCUCAUUUAUGCCAACAGCGCAGCCAAUCCCAUCAUCUACAAUUUUCUCAGUGGUAAAUUCCGUGAAGAGUUCAAAGCCGCCUUCACCUGCCACUGGUGCGGACAGAAUCAGACUCGGUCUCAGAAGAUCCGGACGAGAGCCAGCACAGACAGCAGAAAGUCCCUGUCCACACAAGUCCACAACAUGGACAGUGUGUCUCGCAUAUCUGACCAGAUAGUCUAGACUCUGUGUUACAUUUUACUGCCAUACUUUUCUCUCAGUUUUGUUUUUUCUCAUUGGACAUGGUUUGGUCACAC